AACUAGCUCUGCGCGGUCGAACCGCCAGUUUUAUCGAACGCUUAGUUGCGGUUGGUUAUGCGCCUCCUCAGUUAGAAUUCUCAGUUUGUGUAUUCUUACAGUAUACAGCGUGCAGUAACGUUUAACUCCAGCAACGCUUGCUUCCAUCGUGUAUCAUCCUGUUCGGGGUGAACAAAAAAAAGUGACCUCCAGCUGGUGGUGACCCUUUGGAAUGCUGUGCCGUGUCCCGGAGGCAAUUUCGAAAGAAUUUCUUCCCGCACCAAGUGAUGUGUCGGGUCGAUCCGCACACGCGAAGGGCGCUGGUGGGCAUGAAAUGGUGAUGAUUUUAUGAUUGAGUAUCAUGCAAAGUGAGCAUAGGCAGCGAGUGCGUGUGUGAAGGGAAGCCAAGCUUUUUUGGUGUUGUGUUUUGUAUUGAUGGAAUAGCCGGUGGGCGCGAGUGAGUGAGUGAGUGAGUGAAAGAUCACAGCCAGUGAGCAGAGUGUGAACAGGCGGUGAAAGGGCUCAAAGGUGAAGCAAAGUAACCAUAGGCGCAAAAAAACCGUGUGUAUGUGUGAGUGUUUUUGUGGCGUCUGUCUUUGGGGUGUGGAGUUUUUGGUUGGCAGUGCGGCUUUUCGAAGCGGAAGUGCGUCAAGGUGUAAGGAUUGUUUCAACGGAGCGCGCCGAGUCUCCCGCGUAACGGUGCACUGGCACGCGCAUGCCUACCCUUUUUGCUUUGGCCCAUUGCCUACGUCCAUAGAUACGUGUGUGUGUAUGUGUGUGUGUAUGACAGAGAGAGAGAGAGAAAGAGUUUUUUGUUCUCCUGCUGAACGUAUUCGACACGACUAAGAGCAGCUUCGCUGGAAACCCGGCUGAAGAAGCAUUCAGAAUUUGAAACCGCCCCGCAGCUCUAGACCGUAAUGACACAAAAUGCAACAUCGCCUAAAAUAUGACCAGCCAACCGCAACCAGACAAAUUGGGAAGGAACAUGAAAGCGCUUCCAUCGACUAUGUGGAACAGAGCGAUACCGGAAAAUGACUACAUCCAGCUCGGCACGUUACGCUAUGGUGUUCGCCUAUCCAAUGCCGGACUGCUGGACGGUGGAAAGCCGAGCCCGAAUGCCGAAUUUCCCGACGCGAACCCCCGCACGUCCGUCACCUCGUACGAAAACACGAACGGUGACAACAGCGUAGCGGGAACGAGCAGCAUCAGCAGCAAUGGAGACAAACCGAACUGCUGCUGCAUCGGUUCGGGCGGCGUGGAAAUGCCUUGGACUACUAGCUACACCCGUACCAAACUGCCAGUUCCUAGUAGCAUAGCUAAGAAUAGAAAAUCAUCUCCCUUCGCAUCGGCAUCGGUUGGUUUGGCCGGAGUGGAGGGCCACCAUCAACAGCAGCAGAGGUAUCCACCGUUGGCGCCUGGUCGAACCAACGGGAACAGCUUCAGUCAGUCAACGCAAUCGCACGACCGCGGAAGUGACGAUUACGCCUUCGGGACAGAGUCGGUGCACGAACCAAGCUACGGGAGUGGACUCGCCAGUAGCAACAACGCCAACGGCCGCAGCACGAGCAACAACGGCAACGGCAUUCACCAUAAGGCGGAACGGGAAAGCAACGGCGAUCAUCAACAAUUGUUCGAGGAUACGGUGCGUCAGCUUCAGCAGCAAGAUACCUCACCGCGAUGCUCAGCGGUGGUGUGCUGCUACAGCAACAGCUUUGGCUCAGGAAGCAGUAACAAGAAACAGCACGGUGGGCAGCGCGAAAGGCGGGAAAGGCAGAACCAGCAACCGCAAAGGGAGGAUAACUCGCACGAAUCGCCUGUAUCUAGUGAAGUGUAUCAUAAUGCAGGCAGUGGUCGUCAGCAGUCGCCACACAAGCAGCAGCAGCAGCAGCAGCGAUUUGCUGCCACCGUCCUAGAUCGUCACGAUGGACCAGAGCAUCGGAGUGCCAGCAAUGGACGGCACGAAGCUGCCCGCGGUACGAACGUAAGCAGCGAGCUCGACGAUGCAGAUGAUGCCGAUGUUGAUGAUGAUCUUUCGGCGCUGGUUAUUGUUGGUGGCAACGGCAGACUCGACAUCGGUCCGUACGGCGGUGUAAUAUCAAGUGGCAGUGACUAUCGAAACGGGGGUGAUGAUUUAAAUUUAAAUUCGAAAAACGCACCACGGCAGCAGCAGCGUCCGGUGCCGCAGCCAAGCUGGCAGGUGCAGGGGCAGGGCGAUAGAACCGAUGUGAACAUAAAUAAUUUCGAGAAAAGGAAAAUAUCAGCCGAACUGCACGGCGGUGGAGCGAGCUCCACCAGAUCUGUGGUUGGCUCACGGUACGGGGACAGUGGUGUUGGUGAUAGUGGUGGUGCCAGAAGUAGCAUAAAGCAAACUCCCUCCUUCACGCAGGCAGGGGGCGUCGCUGGUGAUCUUUGUGUUGACGAGCUUUCCUCCACCUCGUCGGUGUCGCCGCGGGCUGCCUCGCCGCUGCCGCAGCACGCGCCUGCCGGUGGCGCGGUGACGCAUGUUCCUGCGUCCUGCGAGCUUCCGGCUGCAUCCUCGCCGCUGCAGGCCCAUCCGCCACCGAUUUCGACGCCGUUCGGGCAGCGGCGUCGCGUACUGCAGCCACCGUCCUCGUUGCCGGUGGUGAAAUCGUACAGCUUCCAUCGCGUCCCGUCGGACGCGAUCGGGUACGCUUCGCCGACGAAGGGCGCGUCCAGAUCGCCUGCCGCCGCCGCCGGCGUUGGUGGCUGCGGUCAGCUGUUCUUCGAUGGUCCGCUGCUGAGCGGUCCCGGCAGAAAUAGAUCGUUUCGCAACGCAAAUCACUCGCGUCGCUUGCAGUACGGCCAGCUGGACGAGACGGGCCGGGCGGAGAGGCAGAACGGGUGCGUGCGGGACGAAAUAGGUGGAGAAGCGCUAUACUUUCGACCGAACGUGACGCGCAAAUCAUCGCUCCCGGUGCUGGGCGGCAGUGGCAGCUACAGCCCCGGCGGCAGCGCCCGCAAUCUCAAGUGCAGCGAUGCGAUCAACGAGAUCCGCCUGCAAUCGCUGAACAAGUACUGCAACAAGCUGCUGAGCGCGGCCACGGGUACGGCGGCCGUCAUCGCCUCGCCAUCGUACCGGGGCGGAGGUGCGACAAGCACCGGCAGCACCGACGCCAACCGGACGCCGACCGUUGGCGGCACCCACGGCCGCACGCAACGGCGUCCGAUCGAUGAACUGGAGGAUCUUAGUUUCAUUGACUCGUCCGAUCUGUCGUCGGUUGGGGACGACAUCCACAUCAACAACGGCACCGAUUGCGAGCGCGAGUGUAGGACGCAACAGCGCAAACAGCAUCCGUCGAUCAUCGCCGGCGCACCGGCCCACCCAACCACGCCGCCAGCCGUCGGGGCAGCGGGUGAUGGCACACGGCCAACCGUAGCGGACGGUCGCAAACCGUUCGCGCGUGGUGGUGGUGUUGGUGUUGGUGGUGCCACUGUCGGGUUCGCGCAUUGUAACAAUUACAGCAGCUCGUCCUCGGACGAGCUGAGCAGUGUGUGUAGUAGUGGCGUGGAGCCGCUAGCGCUCGCCUGUGACAGUGCCGAAUCGCACCGACGCAAUAGUGACCAGCAGUGGCAAUCGCAGCAGCCGCUGGCAGUCAAGUAUCGUACGCAGUGCAACCGCCACGACAGUAACGCCAGCGACGACUACCAAGCGGCACCGCACGGUGAACAGCUGCGAGUGGCUGGUGUUGGUGGCGCUUUGCAUACGAGCUCGGCCAGCAGCUCCGCGCUAGCGUGCCCCGGUUCGGAAAACGGUGGCGAAGUUUGCGUUGGCAGUGAGAGUGGACGGCUGAGCGCAACUGGCGGCAGUAGUGGACGCAGUGAUAGUAAUAACAAUUACCAUAGGGGUAGUAGUAACGGUGAUAGCGAACAGCAGCAGCAACAACAGCAUCAACAACAGCACCAAGAGCAGCAGCAGCAGCAGCAGAAAUAUACUACAGUGUUGUCUAAUAAUAGCGCUGUGAAAAGUGUCUGUGUCAGUGGUGUUGGUGGCGAACCCGGACGACCAGGUGGUAUCGGCGAGCAGACGCCGUAUGACCGCGCGGUGACGGAUGAUUGCUACCCGCCCUCGUCGUCUUAUGCUACGGUCAGGACGCUGGGGUACGGUUCUGCCUGCUCAUCGCCGGACAGUUCGCCUGCACACCACGCUGGGUUAAACUGCUUUGGAAGAAGCAACACCCAAUUCCAUGUUGCGACUGGCGGUACAAACGACAGAUCGAUAAUGGAAAAACGCAACAAUACGUUGGAUCGUUUGCAAAGGUUAGUUAAAAAGACCACUUCGAGCUCAGCGGACAAGCAGCCAAGCAGCAGCGGAGCAGCAGGCACCAGUGGCAAUGCUGCGACGGGCGCAACCAAAACGGAACGGCUCCGAGAGCUGACGGAAUUGCUGAAGGGCAAUCGGGCACCGCCUGUGCCACCUCCGCGGCGCUCGAAGCAUGCUCACAGCGUGGAGCGCACCCUGGAUCGGCGGAACACGGCCCUGUCAACGUCUAGUCUUAUCGAUACUGGCUUCCUGCACGGCUCAGAAUCGGCACCGGAAUCACAGCUUCUCAAGGCGAAAGAAUCACGCUCCGUCGACAUACCGUAUCGCUUCGGAGAAGGCAGUGGGCAGCGCAUGUCGACCCCUAGCUCACCGCUGACUGAGCAUAAGCAGAUCAACCUGCGGGCGAACGUGAGCACUUCAAACCUGGAAAGCCUGCGCGAGCUUCCUCCGGUGGUAGCGGUUGGGGCAGACGAGUGCAAAUCGGAAGCGGGCCCAAAAGAUGACGACGAACUGUUUGCUAAGCUGUCGCGGCCCGAGUCUCGUACGAUAGUUGGAUCUUACACGCAGAAAACGAUUCCGUUUCGGAGUGCCUCCUUCUCCCAGGUGGACUAUUCCUCGGGCAAGUAUAUCCGGUCGGCGCUGGGAGCGCUGAAGAACAGCAUCCUGAAAAGCAAGGACCAGCAGCAGACCAGCGUCGAUAGCAACACCAUACCGCGCCAGUCGUGCAAGGUGGUCGAGGCGGCUAGAAGCUGCAGCCCUACGGAGCUCCGUGGAGGACAGGUGGACCGGGAGCCACAAGCAUCGGCACAGCCAGAAGAAACCGAUGUGGCAAAGUUGACGAUAAAAAAGACGGAGCUCAACAUCAAUCUAGCUCCGCUGGACGAUUACGGCCGGUACUAUGAGGACAGGAUCGACGGGGCUAAGGAUCUUGCGUCGAAUCGUAACUCAGACAUUGAAACGAUCGUAGAGGACCCGGUAGCCGAGCACAAUGAGAAUGUGGAAAAUGAGGGCAGCGGAGUUCAGCAGCAUGCCAACUUGAGUGUGAUGCAGGCAUCAGAAAUGGUCCUGGAGCCGCUGGUGGAAGAAGGCAUUCCCAUCACGCCUGCGUCCCUGUCCAAGGAUGACGAGUGCUUGCAGCAGGCCACAACCUGCCUAAUCCCGGUGCCAGUGUACGAUUGUGUGGUGAGCGAGUGGAGCACGGCACGGCCGUCGGAGCAGUGGAUAGAUGCCUCCACGACGGAGUACGGCAAGUUUUCCGACUGUCUGGGAAGCAUUAAGGAAGUGAACGAGAACGCAGUGAACGAAACAGCUUUAGCUGCCGAGCCGGAACCGUUGGCGGAGGAAAACUUUCACGCGGAAAAGAUCACCGUGGAGAGUCCGCCCCAAAUCAUUGAACCGCAGGAAAGCGUCGAGCUGUCCGAGGACGGCGGCGGGUCUGACCUUGCCGACACAAACGAAGGAAGCAAUGGGUCGGACGAGGGAAUGAUGAUCUGCACUCCGCCGGUGUCUAUCAUUUGUACCGAGCCGGAAAGCAACGAGUUUACCACGAUCGUGGACGGCAGCGGCUCGACGCACAAGGUGUCCGUUGUGCUGGGCGAUGGUAAUGAGGUGGAGGUAGUGGAGGUACGUAAAAGGCAUAGCAAUAAUGAAGAUAUGGGCGAUCCGCAGAACUCGCGCCUAUCGAACGAUGUGGAUGAAAAGCGACGCCUGGAGUCGAGAAAGUCGCGCCGGAAAGGUAUCUACAUCCAGUGGCCGGCAAUCGAUGCUAACAACGAACUGGAGUCGGACAACAACGAUAGUGCCGGUGGGACGACGGCUGACGACGUCAACGUGAGCUGGAACCCGCAACAUUUGGGACAGGUGAACGAGAAAGACUCCAGCCUGGAUCUGAGCGGCGAAAGCUUUACCGAUCUCAGCGGGAAGGAUGCUGUUGGGUAUGCGAAUGAUCGGGAGAGUGCCGUCCAUUCCCCCGAGCGCUAUCUGCUAGAUCCGACCACACCCGAUUCGGAUCCGGGCAAACCGAUCUGGCCCAAGGGUAGCAACCGCCGGCAGAGCUUAACCUACCAGAGCUCGGACGAGAAGGAUGAUACAUUGCCCGUGCCGGCACUGCCGGUGCGUACGCUGAAAACGCUUCUGUUACGCUCGGACUCGGUGUCGGACAAUGAGAGCGAUCGUGCUUCGUCGCGUGAUCGUACCAGCGCGUCACCGGCACCGGGCGGCACCGAGGCAGAUCUGCGCCGCUACUCCAAACGACCACUGCGCGGACCGUACGGACAGAUGCUGGAAGCGGAAAUGAAGAAACCGACCAGCAAGGUGCAGUAUAACGAAAUCCUAGAAGAGCUAACGCGCAACGAAAGCCAAGGUGGCAAUCCAAGCGUGGCCAGGAAUCGGGGCGCCGGAAGCCAGUCAAUGGACGAAACGAACGAUCGGCAUUCCGGGAAGGCCGGCUCCAAGCCACGUAAAGCAAGCGCCAAUCUACCGGUGCCAACGCAUGUACGGACCGCGUCGAGCCCGUCGAAGCUGUCCGACUCGUCCAGCUCGUAUUCCGCCAGUCCGUCGAAGCGCUACCUUUGCAAUAUAGAGCAGCGCAGCACGGACUCGGACAAGUCCGACAAGUCCCUGACCGGUGCGGGUAAGCUGGAGAGCAAAAAGUACUCCUUCGACAGCCAUCUCACGGACAAGUCGCUGAAACGCGGCGGCUCGGACGUGCACGAAAAGCCGACCAAGCAGCGCAGUGUCUCAAGUGCAAGUGAUAAGCAGCAGAAGCGCAGCCUGGAUGAGGUCCGGUUGUUGCAGAACAGUCGUACACCGUCGGAGCGCAGCUUUACGCUGCUGAACACGCCCGAAACGCCGAAAGGUUUGGCCGCAUCGCCGGAACUGUUGGCGGAGUUGCUGAAGGGCUCGAGCGAAAAGCUCAUCACGGAGCAGUUGACGGGCGGUGGUGGUGGCAGCGGCGGUGGGCGUGGAAGUAGUGGAGGAAAUGCCAGCAAUGCCUUACCGUCGGCGGUGCUGAAUUGUUUGGAUACACGAACUCAUGUGGUGGUGGAGCUGUUCAACACCGAAAAGUCGUACGUAGAAUCACUACAGACGAUCGUACUGAAAUACCUUAAUCAACUAAAGUCUCCGGAAAAUGCUGGCCUAGUAGAUGUGCAGACGGUGGACGAGAUAUUCUUUAUGGUUCCGGCGAUUCUGAACAUCCACGAACGAUUUUUGGAGGAGUUGCGACGCCGAUUGGACUCCUGGGACAAGAUGCAAAUGAUUGGCGACGCGUUCGUAGACGUGUUUUCCCGACCGGUAAUACUCGACACGUACACCUCUUUCGUAAACAACUGGAAUAGAGCAAAGGAUGCAAUCCGUAGCACGCGACAAAAGUGUCCCGCAUUUGCAAGGUUUCUGGAAGCCAUGGCACGGGAACACAAGGGCAAACUCUCGCUGGACAACCUGCUGAUCAAACCCGUGCAAAAGUUUCCAAACUACGAACUUAUCUUCACAAGACUGAUUAAGCACACGGAUGUGACACACCCGGACCAGAAGCCGUUGCAGGAAGCGUUAAAGCUUGUACACGACAUACUUAUGUUUUUGAAUUGCAAGGAGAAGGAAGCGCUGGAGAAUGGGCAACGUGAAACGGCACUGCGCGAACUGGAGGGUGUGAUUGAGGGUAUGAACGACCUGGUGACGCCCGAGCGAGCCUUCCUGCUGUUCGACCUGGUGUCGAUGCCUUCGGGGCAGGUGACGCGCAAAGAGCGUGGCUUUUUCCUCUUCAACGACCUUCUGGUGAUAACGAGCAUCAAGCGAAGGAGUGGAACGAUACGAAAAACCAAUAUGACCUGUCCGGGCAGCGUUGCGUCGACGUUGGAUACGAACAAGUAUAAAUAUCUCACGAAGAUUUCGCUGGACGAUUUGGAAAUUGUGAAGUCUAAAGAUGAGAAUGUCAGACGCAUCAUGAAGGAGAUCGAACAUCUCACCGAGGAUAGUAGCAAGCUGAUCCAGAUUUCCGACCUAACCGCCAGCUUACGAUGUCCCCACGGGUCGUUGGAGGAGGCAAUCCGGGAGCUGCAGCGUGAAAUUCAGCGCCAGCUCGCAGAACGCCAAACCAACGAUGCGCAGCUGAAUGUGUUGGAGUUGACGUGGAACACUUCCAGUGGUAUCCAAAACAUGACGGUAGUGUUUUCGAAGCCCGAAAAACGCACCCAGUGGGAGGAGAUCUUUGCGGAGGCUAAGCAGAAACUGGCAAACAGUGUGGAGCGAUGCCAAAUACCGGAGUUUUUCGUAUCCGUGCCGAUCCGUAAGACACGGGCCGGUCUGCAAUUCACCUGUGCCUCGCCGACGCUCGGCGUGCAGAAGGACGUGUGGGUGUGCAACAGCGAUGGGUACGUGGGUCAGGUGUGUGUGCUCAGCCUAGUGCCAGAACCGUCCGUAACGAGCUGUAACGGUGUGUGCAAUGCACGCAUACUGUGCGUCUCGUCGGUGCCGGCAAGUGAAGAACGUGUACCAAACUCAUCCUUGCUGAACGUCAAUAUAGCAAUCGUGGAUGCGUCUGUUAACAGCGGCGUAUCGAACAGACCGAACAACGCUACCGUUGCUAGCUCCCCUUCCAAAGUGGUCGAACGUAAGGGUUCGUUCAAAUCAACCGAAAGUAGUAGCAGCAGUACACCACGGGCGUUAAUCAACAACGACUCCAACGUUCAGCUCGAUUCCGGCAGCUCUAGUGAAGAAUCGGACGCCGAAAGUCAGCCGGAACGUGUUGCGUCGAAUCAGUCGUGCGCUACCAGCGCUUCCCUAACGCCAAACCACCGACAGCAGGAUUCGACGGCUAGCACGAACGCAGCCGAGGAGACGGAAAAUCAGCAAUCGACCAUGUGGCUGGGCACCGAGGACGGUUGCAUACACGUGUACAACUGCACCGACAACAUUCGGAUCAAGAAGAACAAGAUAAAGAUACCGCACGUGAGUGCAGUGUACUCGAUCCUGUACCUAGAUAAUCGUGUCUUUGUAUCCCUUGCGAACGGUGAUAUUUGCGUGUAUUCAAGGGAUCGAACUGGUUGGAAUGUCUCAUCUCCACUGACGGUGACAGUCGGUACAGUGAGCAAUCCCGUCGUGAAGCUGCUUAACGUACACGGGAAGCUGUGGUGCGCAAUACAGGGAACUAUAAAAGUAUUAAACACGAAAACUUUACAAAUCGACAGCCAAAUUCAAAUAUCGAACGACUCCAAGCCAAUCACAAAUAUGACAGUAUUAAACGACUACGUGUGGAUUUCUGUGCAGAACUCUGCCCACAUCAAAUGUUGCCAUCACGAAAGCUUUGAGAUAAUUUUUGAGGUAAACUUAGCACCCUCCGUGAACAAGAUGCUCUCGAACUGUGAUGACAUCAUCCGGCAGCAUAAAGCCGCCUGUCUGCGGGUGACCUCGCUGCUGGCUUGCAAGGACCUAAUUUGGGUCGGCACCAGUGCCGGUGUACUGCUCACGAUAGGCGCUCACAACGUUGCCAAAGGAUCAUCGAUGCCGGCAGUGACAGGUCUUCCUCACGGCCAUACGGGGCAUGUGCGGUUUUUGACGUUUGUCGAAUCGCCGGACGGGGACAAUGCAGAGCUGUUGGCAUCGGAAGGAAGCAUCCCGUCUGGCGGUGGACCAUCGACUCAGCCGGGCGGAAAGUCUAACAAAGCGUCCCAACAGCAAGACCUGCUGGUUAUAUCCGGCGGCGACGGGUACGAGGACUUUCGAAGCGCAGGGAACAACACGCUGAGUGAGGUGGCGGGUCGCGAAGACAGCACCAAUCACCUGUUGCUCUGGAAGGUGUGAAAUCCUGCGCUGAAAAGUGACUCGUUCCACUAGUUUGUUGUUUUUCUUUUGUAACCUUUGUUUGAAUACCAGAGCACUAGGAAGGCUCCAAAAAGGUAUCUCCGGGUGGCAUCAGUGACGAUGCAAUUUUUUGUUUUGUUGUGAUGCAAGCUGGUCUUGCAGAUUUGUUUUGCCAUUUUGUGUUGCUUAGGCCUCGUUUCAACCGCCACACGGUGGGGUAUGUGAAGCCUUUUUUUAACGAUUUUGAAACCAAGUGCAUGUAGCAAGCACAGUUGCUAUUGCCACAAGACAAUAAGAACACGAUGAUGUCAACUAACUGUGCAUAAACACCCAAGGGGCAAAGGUAAAGGUGUGUGCAUUGGGUCGCUUUCGCCCCGCACCUGGAUACCGGUUCCUGUUCGUUAGCCACACGCGCUGACUGCACUAUUCCAGUGUACUUGUGCGAAUAUUAUCGUACGCCCAAGUACACCGUUGUGCUUAGCCCGUUUUGUUUUUGAGUGUAUUAGCCAAGAUAGAAUCCUUCUCGUAUUAUUGUAGCCUAUUGCAAACAGAUAAAAGUUACCGGCAUCAACGCUAGAUAUUCCGCUGCUAUAAUUAAAUAAGCCUUUUCCGUUGUUUCGUUUCGUGUAUCGAGCGUAAUCUGUGCACAAUUUUAACUAUCGAUCAUACCCUCCCUCAUAAUACAUAGUACAGUGUGUAAGACUAUCAAUAUAUAUAUAGUAGCACCUAACACUGUACCGUGACUAUUUAUAAACCAUGUUUAUAAUCGUAAAAACACAUACGCGGCCCGAUGAGUAAACGUACGUGCUUUUGGGAACGUAGCAAGAAACAUGGACGAUGAGCGUCAUAGGCGCCAAUCCAAUCCAAAAUUGAAUCAGUUAACAGCCAAUUCGGAAGUGUGUAGGAAGAAGCCUUGCACUUCAGCUCGGGUGUGAUGUAAAUAUGAGAGUCCGCUAGUCCGAAACCCCAAGCAGCAUCAGGAGCCUGUACCCGGCCAGACGGGACUGGCCAAUGUGUGUAUACAUUCGUAACCGAAGUAAAAUGUAAUGGUAAAUAUAGGUAGAACAUUCGUACUGUGCGUUACGUUAUUUUUUGUGUUACACACAGCUCUUUAGAAAAAAAAAAACCAGCAAAUCAAGUCAUGACGGACCACGUCUGGAAAAGGGGGUGCGAGUAGCAGUGCAUCACGGUGAAGGCAAGCAGCAUGGCUGCGUUUGAAAACGUAAAGAAUUGCCCUACCCACUACCCACUGCUGGGGUCUUACUUACGCAUACAAAGUAUUCCAGAAUGAUGAUUCAUUUGUAACGCCAUAAUAACACGAAAACUGCACCGAUUGCAAUUUCGAGCAUGAAUAGAUGAAUUAAAAGGUAAACAAAUGCGAUGUGUAAACAUAUUGAUAUAGGCAUAUUAUAUUGAAACUCCCUUUAACAAUACACUCACAAGAUUAUUGUGACGAAGAGAAAAUGUAAUUCUGACUGUUAGUGUUUGCAAAGUGCUUUGCUCCGUCAGUAGUAGUGUUGUCCUAGCACUAGUGUGAAGAUUUAUUGUCAUUUAUUUUUUUGGAGUAAUUUAAUCACUCACCUGUAAACACAACAAACAUGCUACGUUACCGAACAAUUAGCCAACAUGAUAUGAAAUCCUACGUUUACUUGUGCGAUAUAUAGUUUUUGUUUCUUGUAUCGUGUUUUUAUGUACAGUGUCACCCAUAACCAAGUGGCGAAAGCAACAUAAACUUGAAGGAAUAUUAUAAAGAAACCCCCCUCCGUGAAAUAGCCAGCACCAUAGUACGAUUUAUACUACAAUUAUAACCGAUACGUGACCAGCAAAAGUGAAGAAAGAAAGAGAAAAAAGGGCGGCGAAAUACAUUUUGUCGAAAUUGA